AUGCUCGUCGAUGAUGCCAUCGCUUCUCUCUUUCCCCAUGACGUUCACCCUGCCUUCGAGGACGCACAAAUAGCAAAAGCUCUCGUGGACCAUUACUUCUCGUGCGAGCAAGAAUGCGGGCUUGAUCACCUUCUCUGGUGUGAAGGUGAACAGCUGAACGAAAAGGAUGCCUCGCAUCCGGCUUCAGAGCGAGGAAGCGAUGACAGCGAUGAAGUUAGUUCUGUCGUGUCAAUGCCUGAGAAGAAAUUUGCGAACAAGCCAAGCAAGGUCGGCAAAAAGCGUCAACCCAAGAUUCAGGGGACUACGCAGAAGCGUUGGAGCAAGGACGAGCAUGAGCGUUUCUUGGAGGGUCUGAACCUUUACUGUCCUUAUGCCGGGCUAUCCCGAGGAGCGGAUGGAAGAGUGUUUGUCGGGCUUGGCCCAGGAAUAGCACAGGCAAUCGCCUGCAUGGUCGGGACAAGAACAGAGUUGCAAGUCAGAUCUCAUGCGCAGAAGUAUUUUCUUAAGAACAAUGUGAGCAUCUAG